GACAAAUUGAAUUCGGUUUUGUUUUUUAUUUUUUAAAAAAUAUUUUUCAACAACAAUGAAUCAUUUAGUAUCGAAUAAGAUUGUUAAAAAUGAUAAUGGUAAUGUACAACAACAACAACAACAGAAAAUUGAUGAACUGGUAUCAAAUUCAUCAACACCAUCACAUUCAUCGUCGAUUAGUCGAACUCAAAGUUCGAGUUCAACUAGUUUUAUUGCAACAUCACAUACAAAUUGUUCACGAUCAUUAUCGUUGGUUGAUUCAAUUGAAUUUAAAUUUGAUGGAAACAUUAGUAAAAAUGCAUUAGCUCUUGGUGAUUGUGAUAAUGAUGAGAAAAAUGAAUUGGUUAUCGGCACUUUGAAUGGCGAAUUAUUGAUCUAUAAAAAUGAUUGCAAAAAUCCUCAAGCAUCGACUAAAGAUCUUGGAAUGGUUGCAUGUAUAUUGGUUGGUGAUAUUUUGAAUGUUGGAUCGAAUUACAUCAUCUCAAUCAGUAUUGAAGGCUAUUUAAAAAUAUUUCACAUGUAUUAUGAUAGUCAAAUUGAUCUUCUUAAUCAAUCAAACGAUUCGGCCAUAAGGCGUCAGCCAAAAUUUUCCAAUUCAUCAUUACAAUUAUCAAAUAUGAAACUACCACCAACCAUUUCGGAUAAUGAAGUGUAUUCAUCGACAACUAAUUUGGUUCUCGUUCACACCCAACAAAUGCAAUCGAAUACUAUGUGUGCUUUAUUAGUUGAUUUUGAUCAUGAUGAUAAACAAGAAUUAUUAGUGGCACUCAGUGACCGUGUUGUUCGCUGCUAUCGUGCCGUUAAUUAUAAUGAAGAAAUCAAACUAAUCGGUCUUUAUAAAUGGGAAUUUUCCGAUCAAAUUGGUUCAAUUACUUUACAUCAUUCAUUCGAUUCGAAUACCGGUGAUUCAUAUCUAAUGAAUGAUGAUAAUAAAAGUAACAAUUCAUCAACAGAAGAUAAAAAAUCCAUUUGUAAAAAUAGAAUUUGCGUACUUGUCUCACAAUUUGGCGGUGUUUUUGCCAAAAUCACCUGUUGCGAACAUCUGGCUGCUGCUGAUGCUGAAAAUGAUGAUGAUCAUGUUAAAAAUAAUGAUGAAAUUGAACCUAUAUCAGUGGAAUAUUGUGAUACUAUUGUUCAAUAUACUAGAAAUCGACAGACUAGUGCUGAAAUUCUUUCCAAUAUUCGUCGAAUUGAUUCCAAUGAAAACCUGAUAGCAUUAGCCACUCAUGAUGGAACAUUGAUACUUCUUGAAAGUGAUCAAAAAACUAUUAAAUGGCAUCUUCAACUUGAACAUCCAAUUCUUUCGCUACAUAAACAUGAUUUAAACAAUGAUGGCUCAGAUGAAUUAAUCAUUACCGUUUGGAAUGGACUUGUCUAUAUCAUCGAUUUAGAUGGCAAUAUAAUUACUUGUCAUUUUAAUCAACCAAUCAAUGCUUUUACCGUUGGUCCAUUUUAUCUCAAUGAUAAUCUUGAACAGAUUGAUUGUUUUGUAUAUACAACAUUUACUAAUUCUGUUCAUUUAUUCUACAAUAUUGAUUCCACUUUAUUCAAUAAUAUCGAUAUGAUGGAUGAUUAUCCAUUGGAAGGAUAUAUUCGAAAACAUAGACCAGAACUUUAUAAACAAAUGGAAAAUUUGUUGAAAAAAUUGAAUAAUGAUAAUGGAAACAACCAAUCGAACAAACAAUUGAAAAUGUCACCAGAUUUAAUACAUACACUUCUUUAUGAAAUUCCAUUUCAAUGAUGAUUAAUGAAUCAC